AUGAAGAUAAAAGAACAGAAAAAAGUUGCACUGGAAAAUUAUCUCAAAUCUCUCAACGAUGUUCCUAUCAAGGUUCCGUACGUCCUGACAACUCUGAAGCGCUACAUAAAGAGCGAGCAGAGAGACCGAAACUACGUCAUUGAGAGCAUCAAAGAGCAAAAGAAGCUGCAUCCGGAAAUGCCGGCUUCCGGCCUGGAUGACAAGAUAGAUGAAAAGUUGAGGGAGAUCGAUCAGGCGGUUGAUGAGGCACUGGAGAUGCUGGAGAAGAUUCCGAAGCACGGGAAGAAGAUGAGGCAGCACAUAGAUGAUUUUAUCACAAAACUUCCGACUGUGGCACAACCGAAUUUUGAAAAAUCCAUCACUCCAUCUCUCUUCUCCUCCUCUUCAUUGUUAUCAUCAUCAUCAAUUUUGACGUCAUCUUCAUCUUUAUCGUCAUCACCUUCUGGUUUAGAAAACAAAAGUGAAACCGAUAUUCACGGACUAGUGACCUCCAGCUGGCAAAUGUCAAAUGAUGGGGCCCAUCUUGAUCACGUGCUCGAUGACGUCAUGUACAAACACGAACCAGUGGCGGGUCACAUGAUGAAGAACGAGAUGAACGUUGAACAGCCUCGCUACCGAAGAGUUCAACCAAUCGGCAGCGGCGACAGCAAUGGCAACAUGUACAUGAGACACCGCGAUGAGAAACUGACAAACCCCAUCGGAAUCAUCCUGACAAGCAUCGGACUCGUCCUCAUCAUCGUCAUCGGCAUCAUCGCCCUUAUCAAGAGAGUCAACAGCGUCCCCGUCACUAACGGCUACCUGGAUAAACCGCUGAAAAGAGGCGAGGCUUUUAAGAGAACCACUUCGAUUGCAGGCGGGAGCACCGCGGUGAAAUCCGGUGGAGUUCAGAGUCGCCAGAACUCCGUUAAUGGCUACGAGAAUCCAACUUACCGUUACUACGAAGCAACAAGAGUUGCCGUCUCGUAA